UGAGAAGUAUUACCACUCUAAGAGUAUAAAUGGCGGAUUAUAACUUUCUCAUAAUUUGGAUGUUUGUGUUAGGGGAAACGACUGCAACGUGUGAACCAGGAUGGAGUCUGUAUAAUGGCAUGUGCUAUUCCAUUCAAACUGCAAACCCCAGAAGUUUUACAUCUGCAACGAGUUAUAAAUGUAGCAAUCUCGGAGCGGACCCCGUCCAACAUAUUGAUAGCGGGCUGAAUGCUUUCCUCGCGGGACUGGGGUCAGGUAGCAGCUAUUGGGUGGGGAUGCGUUUAAGGCCUCCACAGGUACAUGACGUCACUGGGGGUGUCAGUGCAACGACCCCCAAUAUACAUUCAACAUACCUAAAUUAUGAAGGCUGUAUAUACACAAG